AUGUCUCUCUCUCAAAACCUCGUCCGCCGUGGACUCGAUGCCGCUCAUGGCAUGCAUGGCAUGAUGUCCGGUUCAGACCAAGGCGACAAGAAACCUGUUCACGUUUCCCCCAUCGCAGCCUUGAUCUUCUUUCUCACAGCCCUUUCCAUGGUUGCACUCGUCUUCAGCAUUGGAUACACUUACGGUCACAUCGUCCCGACACUCUGCAUGAUCGAGUCCUCCGAGACUGAGGCCUAUGUCCCUGUCAACAAUAUCGACCCCACCGAUCCUCCAGCCUACUCGGCCACCGCUGUUCCCAAGCCCACCAAUGGCACCCCUGCGAAUGCCGAGAGCGACGCAGAGAUGGAUGAGCCUGAAGGCCUUUUGGUCCGCAACAAGCCCAUCACCGCCUCGAUCCGCCAGACCAUCCUCCAUCUACGGGCCCGUGCUGGAUACAUGUCUCGGUUCCGUGGCCUGUCCAUGUAUCUCGUUUGGAAUUUUGCUAGUGGCAUCCUGAUCUCCAUCCUCAGUGGUGCGAGUGGCGUUCGCAUCUACAUUGCUCUGGCGGCGAUUGUGGCGGAGACACUUCUUGCAACAUUGCAUAUGACCUGGGUGCACAUUGUCAUCUCGGAGCCCAGUGAGAAGAAAUGGUAUCAGCGUAUCCCAUCCUUCCGAACAUGGCCCAAGAUUGCCCCGGCUGUUGCAUUGUGGGCCACCGCCAACCAGCUUGUUUCGGUCCUCCCCAUGUUGGUGACCGGUGCAUUUGGACCCAUGAAGCACAUGCACAAUCCCGAGUACGAGCCCGAGAAGAAGGACCUGUAUGCCUUUGGCGCACAAACCAUUUUUGGGGCACUGCUCAUGCUGGCCCUGUUUCUGCUGCUUCAGAUCCCAGCCAGCGUAACCUUGGUCCGAGUUGCGGCGUCAAUGCUCCCAGAGGAAGACGAGACCAUUGUCCCAUUUGAUCGCACCUUUGGCGGGAAGACAACCCCAGCCAUUAUUGGCGGUCAAGGCAAAAUUGGACUUGUUGAGGCAUGGAGGAGCUUUUCGUGGGCCAGUCGAAUGCGACUUGUCAGACUGAUGGCCAAGGUCGCUCUCAUCGCAAUUUCUUGCUGGGUCCUAGUCAUAGUCGUCGUGGUUGCUGAAGCCCACCUUUUGUUUGGUGAUUCAUUGGGUGAGGUGAUGAAGAGUUUGCAUGGCGCCACACAUUCCAAUUGA